AUGAACACCAUUCCCUUAUAUAUGGCAGAAAAGGCUGUGAAAACAGCCAAUGCUUUCUCACCUUUUGCUUUCCCGAGCAAGGCUAAUGGCAGCGUCGCACCUCUCACCACUACCCCACAGAUUUUCUACCUGCGGCGGGAUACCGCCAAUCCGCGCACUCAAAUAAACGUGUUCUCCCCUGAUGGUACCAAACCAUAUGUGUACGAACGCCAACACCGUCUUUCAAGUCAUUGGCGUAUGUCUCGUGCUGAUACAAGCGAGCCCAUUUCGGUGAUCACCCUGGCCCUCACCGGCAGCACGUUUGAAUUCUACGCCAAACCGGGACUCAAGAUGCGUAAAGUCGCUACAAAGCUCCCAUUGUUGCCAAUUGGCUGUCGAUUCUAUCUCAAUGACGGCGCCAUGUACCAAUGGGAUGCCAAUACUCGAUACCUUGAAAGGGUAAUUAACCCUGGUGGUGGGGUCGAAGAGAAGCGACAACGGCUGGGCCAUGCAUCGUUGCUGAGACGCUUCUCGUUUGAUUGGGAAAUUCAAAUCGACCCCCGAGUAGAUCCUGAGGUCGCACUGACUACUGUUUUGAUCCCGUUGCUCACCGAAUGGCCUAAUAGUAUCCUGGAUCACACAGCUGGUGUCCGGGCAGUGCUUCCUCCGUCUAACACUAACUUGAAUAGAGAGUUCGUUGACGGGAUCGACCCCUCUCUCCUAGUCUACUCAGAACCCAAAAGCGACCUUCCAAAAGACUUUUUCAACCCUCCAGGAUUCAUGCACGACCCGUGGAUCGAGGGUUAA